AUGGUGUUGAAGAAUCCCAUAAAUAGUACCGAGUGCCACUACUGGGAUUAUUCCUUUCAUUGGACUGACCUCCACUCCUCUGCCGAUGACCUCAAGCCGUUGGUAUACAGCUGCGAUUCCCUGGUUGACGAAUGUGUGGAGCGCUUGAACAAAAUUCCCUCCGAUGAUGGCGCCGAUAAACGGCCUUUCAAAAAGGAUCUUUAUGGCUUACUGAGGGAUCAUGCGGGGGAGGAUCCAAAGCUUAACGAGCUCUGGGCUGAGAUCAACACAGUUCCGGAAUGGGUUGACUGGGAUCAAAUUCAACGGGCCCAGGAUGCGUUCUUCCGAUAUGGCCUUCCUAUUCUUAAUGUUCUCAACUUUGAAAGUUUACUUGGUGGAAUGGGAGCAACGCGAGUCGUCGAAACCCUUUCGCGAACAGGUGGGUUCGGAGCCAAGGUGGUACGUCGACGAUUACUCGAGACGCUUCAGCAUAUACUUCAGGUCAACAAUUCGAUGGAAGGCAUGAGACCGGGCGGAGACGGCCACAUCUCAUGUGUUCGUGUGCGACUACUUCAUUCCUCUGUCCGCAAGAGGAUCCUAAGUCUGGUAGAUCAGAAUCCAGAAUACUACGAUGUCAAUAAAUACGGAACACCGGUUAACGAUUUAGACUGCAUUGGGACAAUCAACACAUUCUGUAGCUCGGUGAUAUGGAUGGGUCUUCCGCGACAAGGCAUCUACCUCAGUCAGCAAGAGACCGAAGACUACAUCGCGUUGUGGAGACUAGUCGCAUAUUAUAUGGGCACACCGACGGAUCCCUUUGCGAGCACAUCGAAAGCUCGUGCUAUGAUGGAGUCCCUUCUGGUGUCCGAGAUCGAUCCCACCGAGACCGGAAAGAUUCUUGCGAAGAAUAUCAUUAUUGGUCUGGAGAAUACAGCCCCGGCUUUUGCAUCCAAGGAGUUCAUGGAGGCGAUGAGUCGACUACUCAAUGGAGAUCAACUCGCCGAUGAGCUUGAUAUCCCUCGGCCUAAUUUAUACUAUCGGAUGUUGAUCUGGGGAUAUUGUUUCUGGGUUAUGGGUAUUUCAUAUAUCGUGCCAAAGAUAUAUUUCCUCGACAGGAUGAUGAUUUCGCUCCGCCGCAGACGCUUUUACAAGCUAAUCCUCGAUGAGAAAACGGGUCUUGGGGAGGAGUCGCGGUUUGAGUUCAAAUAUGUGCCUACUCUCACUCGCACCACCCGUCUCGGGCAGCGAAGAAGCACAAAAUUUGAAAGAUCCGGGAUCGAAAGUCUGGCGCAUUUAGGUCUUCUGGGGGCUUUUACUGUAGUAGUUACGUUAAGUAUGGGAUUUAUCUUUGCGGUGAGAACGGUUUCUUCGCAGCUCUUCGUGGUUGGAGCUUGA